AUGGACUUCCUUCUCCUCCUGCUGCUGCUGCUGCUCCAAUUCUGGGAGGGGUCCUUUUCUCCACAGAAGCAAACAUUUGAGCUUUGCGUGUCCGGGCCAGUCACUGUGCAGGAAGGGUUGUGUGUCGCCAUCCCCUGCUCCUUCCACUAUCCCUCAGAAUACAGGAAUAAUGACCCAGGCUAUGCAUACUGGUACCAAAAGAAAUCAGGCAAACUGGUGGCCACCAAUAAACCCCACAUGACAAUCCACCCCGGGGACAAAGACCGGUUCCACUUUAUUGGGAAUCCCCAAAUGGACAACUGCUCCCUGAGAAUUACUGGGGCCAAGAAAAGUGAUGCAGGGGAUUAUGAGUUCCGUAUAGAAAAGGGAGCACUGAGUUACAGUUACUCCAAACACAGAGUAUCACUCCAGGUGGUAGAACUGACCGAGAAGCCAGAGAUUCACAUGCCAGAGAUCUUGGAACCUGGGAAACAGGUGACUUUGACCUGUGUGGUUCCUGAAGUCUGCAGAAAUGCUUCACCUGUCACCUUCCUCUGGCAAGGGACUGCUCUCUCUUCCCAGGGACUGGCCUCACAAAAUACCAAUUCCUCCAAACUCCUGUUCACCCCCUGGCCCCAGGACAAUAACACCAAUAUUACCUGUCAGGUGAAAUUAGCAGAAGCCACGAUGAGCACAGAGACAACUAUCCAGCUCACCCCUGCCAAUAAAGGCUCACCAAGGUCCAGUCACCUCUUGGAAACAGUGAAUCAAAGUGCUCUGGUUCUAUCCAUCUUGGCUACUGUGCUCUUCACUUGCCUGGUGACUUGCCUAGUGAAGAGACUGAGGAGAAAACCAUCAGACGGAGAUGUGGGGGGUUCAGAGUCUGGGAUCAGCACCAACCAAGUCUCCAGUGUGGUCCCACUGAAUCAACAUGAGAAUUCUACACAGCAUGCCAGCCCAGAGAUCCCGCCGGCAAUUGUGCUGACCCCCUGCUUACAGGAGUGGGGGGAUGAGGUACAAUAUGCUUCUAUCUCCACCCAAGCCCAGAAGCCCCAAAAGAUCUACGAGCUAGAAGACACCAAUACUGAGUACUCAGAGCUCAAGUUUGAAACAGGAAACUGGAAGAAGGGUGCGGGGCCUGCGGAUCAGGGCACCUGCGUCCUUGUUGGAAAAGGAAAGGGGCAGGAGGCUUGGGUCCUUGCGUUGUAG